AUGGAUGAUCAAUCUUGUAGAGAUAUGGAUGCCGAUGCAAAUAUCGUCAACAGUAGCGAAGCACCUCAUCGCGAUAAUGCCAUCAACGAGCAGCAUCCCCACGAUGGAGAGAGAAACCCAGUUCCUGAUACCCAAGAAGCGCCUCAAAUUGUCAUUUGCGGCAUCGCAUUGCGUCUUCCAGGAGGAAUAAGCAACUGCCAAGAUUACUGGGACCUAUUAUACCAUGGCCUCGAUGCUAGACGUCCCAUUCCCAGCAGCCGCUUCAACAUCAAUGGAUUCAACGACAGCCUUGGAGGUAAAGACUCCAUCAAGACCAGACACGGCUAUUUCAUCGAAGACGACCUCUCGCGCCUUGACACGUCUUUCUUCUCAUUGACGAAGAAUGAACUUGAGAGAGUUGAUCCGCAGCAGCGACUUUUGCUGCAAGUGACCCAUGAAUGUCUUGAAGAUGCAGGAGAGAUUCAUUAUCGUGGAAAGCAAGUCGGUUGCUACGUUGGCACUUUUGGGGAUGACUGGUUAAUCAUGAAUGCCAAGGAGCCUCUCCAAGGAGGAUUAUAUGCUACAACUGGAGGUGCAGAUCUCAUGAUGGCCAAUCGUAUCUCGUACGAAUAUGACUUCCGAGGACCAAGCAUGGUCAUAAAGACGGGAUGCUCCAGCUCAGCAGUAGCGCUCCACGAAGCGUGUCGCGCCAUCCAAAGAGGCGAUGCCUCAAGCGCAAUUGUUGGAGGCGCCAACAUGAUCAUGACACCAGCGCUGACAGCAACAAUGUCAUCUGGUGAAGUGCUCGCCCCUGAUGCGUCAUGCAAGACCUUUGACGCUGCCGCCGACGGCUAUGCUCGUGCAGAAGCCAUAACAGCUGUUUACAUCAAGCCCUUGUCUGAUGCCAUCCGCGAUGGCAAUCCGAUAAGAGCUAUUGUCAAAGGCACGGCUGUGAAUUGCGAUGGGAAAUGUGUUAGCCUCGUCACCCCGAAUGGGGCGGCCCACGAAGCUCUGACGAGAAAGGCGUACUGUGAUAAUGGGCUCGAUCCGAAGGAUACUGCAUUUGUCGAGUGCCAUGGUACUGGGACACCAACGGGUGAUCCUAUCGAGGCUGCAGCCGUAGGGAAAGUCUUUGGGGGAGAGAAGGAGGUUUUGAUCACUUCAGUCAAACCAAAUCUCGGGCAUUCAGAGGGUUCCGCAGGGUUAUCGUCUGUCAUAAAGUGUGUUCUCGCCCUGGAGCAUCAGACAAUUCCGCCCAACAUCAAACUUGUGAACCCCAACCCUAAUAUCCCCUUCUCCAAGUAUAAUCUCAGUGUUCCACUCAGUCCAACACCAUUUCCGUCAGAUCGCCUAAAAAGAGUCAGCAUCAACUCUUUUGGAAUCGGGGGAAGCAAUGCUCAUGUGAUUCUUGAGGCAUAUACUUCGGAAAAAGAGGAGGCUCCAGCCUUUGUCGACCAACAAAGCGCUAUACCCCCUUCCUUGCUUCUAUUGUCAGCCAACACGGCAUCCUCCCUCCAGAGGCAUAUCAGCAACCAUCAGAAAUGGGCAGCUAGCAACCCCAAUGGCAUCUCCGACCUCGGCUUCACCCUUGCAACGCACCGUAAGCAUCUACCCCAUAGAGCGUUCAUUGUCUCUCAACAUGAAAAGUCAACCGAAGUCUCAAGUCUGUCCAAAAUCCCUCCUGGGCCUCUGUCUCUGGUAUUUGUCUUCAGUGGCCAAGGCGCGCAAUGGCCUCUUAUGACGAAAGAACUCAUCGAAAGCGAUACAACUUUUCGCAGCGACUUGAACACCAUGGAUUCAGUCAUCCAGAAGCUUGAGUUUGCGCCGAGCUGGAACCUCAUAGAUGAACUCCUAAAGCCUGCGGAAACGUCACAAAUAAACAAGGCUGAGCUAUCACAGCCACUUUGCACUGCUAUUCAGUUGGCACUGGUUAACAAGUUUUCCCGCCUGGGACUCUUUCCCUCUGCUAUUGUUGGCCAUUCCAGUGGGGAAAUAGCCGGUGCUUACGCAGCUGGUCACAUCUCCAUGGAAGAAGCCAUUAUUAUUGCAUACUAUCGUGGAUAUGUGACAACAAAGCAGAACCUUCGAGGCGGCAUGGCGGCCGUCGGGAUGGGAGUCCAGGGCAUUUCCGAGUAUCUAACUGAUGGUGUUGUAGUGGCUUGUGAGAACAGCCCGGAAAGUAGCACAAUCUCCGGAGAUGCGCAUAGUGUCGCUCAAGUUGUUCAAGUGAUCAAACAGGCUGAUCCUGACAUGUUUGCUCGUCUACUCAAGGUAGAUAUGGCUUAUCACUCACAACAUAUGCUACCCUUGAGUGCCGAGUACCAACAUCUUAUCGAAUCUGAACUCCCGAAGCAUGCUGGUCCUAUCUCCUCCACCAUUGAGAUGUUCUCCACUGUCACCACUGAGUUGGCAGAUGCAUCUCUUCGUGAUCCGUCAUAUUGGACCCAGAAUCUUACGUCGUCGGUCAAGUUCUCAACGGCUGUGUCAAACUUGCUUGCAGCCAAGCAAAACUGCCUCUUCUUAGAAAUUGGACCGCACUCUGCCUUGGCUGGACCUCUGAGGCAGAUCUGUUCAUCCUCUUUACAACCCUGUCACUACAUCUCUUCCCAACUUCGAGACAAAAAUUCUUCAGCCGUCUUUCUUAGUGCAGUAGGCAAACUUUACCAGCAUGGCAUGGCUCUUGACCUCGCAUCGCUGUUCCCCAACUCAAAGGCCAUAUCAGGCUUACCAACUUAUCCUUGGGACCACAGUGCAACACAUUGGUCUGAGAGUCGCAUUUCAAAGGCCUGGCGGUCCAGAGAGUACCCUCAGCACUGCCUUCUGGGGUCCCGCAACUUUGAGGGAUCAGAUCUGGAACCUCAAUGGCGAAACAUUCUUAGUCUUGAGGAUAUUCCAUGGCUUAUGGAUCAUAAACUGAAUCAAGACGUGGUUUUUCCAUUCGCUGGGUACAUUGCUAUCGCUGGUGAAGCCAUCAGGCAAGUCACUCAGUCUCCUCUUGGUGGGAGCUACCGUCUGCGACAUGUCGUUGCUCAUCAAGCUCUUCUGCUUUCUGACUCGGUUGAAAUUUCAACCAGCUUGCGCAUUCACCAGCUCAACGACCUUGAGGACUCUACAUGGUACGAAUUUACGAUAUCGUCGUACGACAGUUCAUGUUGGACCAAGCACUGCACGGGACAAGUCAGCAUUCUUGAAAAAGCCAGGGUUACAGAUUGGACUCCGGAAGUACUACCUCGGCGAGUUGAUUGUGCGCGCAUAUAUAGUCAACUUGCUUACGUUGGUUUUGUCUAUGGCCCGGAGUUUCGUGGUCUGCUAGACGUAACGGUUUCUCCUUCAGAACACCUCGUCUACGGUUGCGUCUCCAACAAGACCAAGCAGAAUCAGUCUGCAUUCACUCUACAUCCAGCGACUAUAGACACCGGUCUCCAGUUACUUCUUGUAUCUGAAGCGAGGGGUCUGGCGAGAAACAUUGCUGAACUCGUUGUACCUACAGCCAUUGAAGAAGUUGAGAUUAGCACAGGCUCAGAUUUCAUGGAUGCCAAAGCAUGGAGACUUCAUGGAACAGCAUCGUGCGUUGAGCUUGAUGCUGGCGGUAACAUAGCCCUGCGUGCUUCAGGUAUAAGCUUAAGGGCCCUUGGAGAAGACAUUCCGCUUGAGGCACUUGAUGCACACGCCGCUUCGAGACUCACCUGGCUACCGCACAUUGAUUUUGUAGACCUCUCAACACUUUUUGUUCCACCGUCUAUCAACAGAAGUGAGUGCCAUCUUCAAGAGGAGUUGACUCUUCUUUGCAUCAUCGAAACUGUGGACAAGAUCAAAUCUCUUGAGCCAUGCCAGCCUCACUUCACCAAGUUCAGAGACUGGCUCAAGAAACAGCUUGACUGUGCCGCAUCAGGAGAAUACAAACUAGUCAGUAACUCGCGGCAGCUUCUUGAUACUUCACAGGAGUACAGGCUCUCCAAGAUCGAAGAAAUCACCACCAAGUUGCUAGAGAUGCCGCAGAAGGCGCUCACUAUCGGACUCCGACUCCUCUUUGAUGAUGUGGAAAACCUAUUCACUGGAAAAGCAGCAACUAUCGAGACAUUGCUCAAAGACAAUGUCUUGGCAGAUAUCUAUGAUGCCAUGACCUUCGAUUACUCAAGCUUUCUGCACAUUCUUUCACAUACUCGCCCUACUCUUAGAAUCCUCGAGGUUGGAGCUGGGACAGGAGGCACUACCGAGACUAUCCUCCGAGGCCUAGCGCAGGUACACGGUCUGCCAGCUUACUCGGCCUAUACUUUCACAGACGUUUCUGCUGGCUUCUUUCCCGCUGCCAAGGGUCGUUUCUCCGGUGCUUCAAACAUGGACUUCAAGGUCCUCGACGUAUCCCAGAAUCCUGUGGAGCAAGGCUUCCAGAGCGGAACUUAUGAUCUCAUCGUCGCAGCCAACGUGUUGCAUGCUACACCUUCGCUCUACGAGACGUUGAGGAAUAUUCGAGUGUUACUCAAACCAGAUGGCAUGCUCGUCAUGACAGAAGUUUGCAGUCUAUCGCGGUUGACUAACUUUGUGUUUGGCAACUUUUCUGGUUGGUGGUUGGGUGAGCAGGAUGAUCGACCAGAUCAGCCUUACGUGCCCGUAUCACGAUGGGAGCAGGAAUUGAAGAGAUCUGGCUACAGUGGAGUCGAUGUAGCUGUCUAUGACGAUGAAGAGCCAUAUCGGCAUUGCUCUGUCAUAGUAGCAAGCAAGGAACCUUCUGUGGCAAUUGAUCCCUCUUCCGUUACCCUACUAGCCCAGUAUCCCCAGAGCUAUCCAGCCACCCAUGUCUCAACUGCACUGAAAACUAGGGGUUGGAAUGUCACAUUACGCACUAUUGGAGAUCAAAUUCCCCAAGAUCGUGAUGUUAUAUCAUGUAUGGACUUGGAAUCCGCUUUCUUUGACAACAUUUCAGAAAAAAUGUUUAUCAAGUUCCAAGAAUUCACAAAGUGUCUUGCUUCCACCAACGUUUUGUGGCUCAUGUCUCCGACUCAAGCCGGGUGUUCAAAUCCAAGAUCAGCUCAAACACUGGGGGUUACUCGAACUCUUCGAUCCGAACUCGGGCUGAAUCUUUACACGCUAGAGAUUGACCUGAGUGAGGAUCAUUUCGGUACUCUGAUCGUAAAUGUCUUUGAGAAAGUCAUCCAAGAUCAAGACAGUGAGACUCUUGAGCCAGACAGAGAAUACGUUGUGCAUGACGGCGCAGUCUGUGUUGGCCGGUACCAGCCAAUUCGUAUUGCCGAUGAAGCGUGGGACAAGACCCAGCGCGGCGAGGUAAUGAAGACUCUACGAGUCGACAAGCCGGGAGCCCUCGAUACCAUGAACUGGGUAGCUUCGGCGAUUCCAGACACGAUCAUGGAGGACGAGAUCGAGGUAAAAGUUCACUCCGCCGGCCUCAACUUCCAUGACGUUGUCUCAGCUAUGGGCCUAAUCCCCUCUGAUACUCGACAUGUAUUUCCAGGCAUCGAAGUGUCUGGUGUAGUCAGACGCCUCGGGAGCGCCGUGACUGGCUUUUCUAUCGGAGAUCGCAUCAUGAGUAUAUGCUACCGUGGUGGCUUCUCCACUCACUUCACAGCUAAGCACCACUACAUGCACAAGAUUCCCGACGAAAUGAGCUUCGAGGAAGCUGCCACGAUCCAAUGUUGCUUUUCUACAGUCAUAUAUGCAUUAGUUGACCUAGGAAAGAUGCGCAAGGGAACGAGUGUGUUGAUUCAUUCUGCCUGCGGCGGUAUCGGCCUCGCAGCUAUCCAGGUCGCGCAGAUGAUGGAGGGGGAAAUAUACGCCACGGUUGGAAACGAGGAGAAGGAGGAAUAUUUAGUCAGGGAGUAUGGAAUCCAGCGGGAACAUAUCUUCCACUCUCGUGAUGCUUCGUUCCUGGAAGGCGUGAUGCAACAAACGGCUGGGCAAGGCGUUAACCUGGUUUUGAACUCUCUAAGUGGCGAUCUUCUCAAUGCCUCUUGGAAAUGCGUUGCAAAGUCUGGUACCCUCCUUGAGCUUGGAAAACGUGAUCUGGCCUCACGUGGCCAGCUUGAUAUGAGUGGCUUCUUGGACAACAGGUCGUACUGUGGGAUAGAUAUGCACUAUCUGAUAGGAGAGCAGCCUAUGUUGGUAAAAGAUGUCAUGGAAGGAACUCUUGAGUUCUUCAGACAAGGAAAACUCAGAGCCCUGAGACCUGUCAAGUCCUUCGCUGCCAGCGAUGCCAAACAGGCAUUUCGAUACCUCCAAGACGGCCAGCACAUGGGAAAGGUGGUCCUUGAGAUGUCUACAGAUUCAUCGGAGCCUGAGGUAAAAAUGACAACCCAAAGCAUACAGCUUGACCCUCUCGCAUCUUACCUUCUCGUUGGUGGAUUGGGGGGUCUUGGUAGAGCCUUGGCAGUCUGGUUAGUGGAGCGAGGGGCUAAGCAUCUUGUGUUCCUCUCAAGGUCAAGGGGUGGUAUGACGGGCAACAAGCUUUCCGUUGAACUUGAAGCUAUGGGGUGCAAUGUCAUUGUAGUCAAGGGAAGUGUCAGUAAUCUGCAGGACGUGGAAGAAGCCAUCAGCAAGGCCCUGUGUCCCUUCAAAGGUGUCUUUCAUCUCGCCAUGGUUCAAAGGGACUCUCCUCUGCUUGAAAUGAAGUGGGAGGAUUGGAAAGCCGCCGUCGCGCCCAAAGUUAAUGGGACUUGGAACCUCCAUCAAGCGCUCCAUGACCAGCCCCUGGACCACUUCUGGCUAGCAAGUUCCGCGGUCACAUUUGCAGAUCAGCCUGGACAGGGCAACUACAAAUCCGGAUGCAUAUUCACCGAGUCCUUCUGCCAGUAUAGGCACUCUCUUGGUCUCCCCGCAUCGGUGCUCUCAAUAUGCGGUAUUGAAGACGUCGGAUACCUGGCAGAGAAUCCAUCAGCGCUUCGCAGCAUUAAAUUCCAGGGUCUACACACUGUGAGGGAGAAGGAGUUUCUUGAAAGUGUAGAGGCCUGUUUGUUCAAUUCUGCACCCUUCCAGAGUUUAAGCUCAGGGGAGUGGUCGCCUUGGAAGGAUAACGGCCAUAUUGUGAUGGGUAUGAGGUCUCAUCUCCACCUCGACGAUCCCAAGAAUCCUACCAAUUGGCGCCGUGAUCGUCGAAUGGGCGCAUAUCACAACCUUCCAGCAGGAGAUCAGACCGACAUGCGAGGCGAAAGCAAUCAACUAAAGGUCUUUCUACAGAGAAUCAGUGAAGGAGAUGAAAGUUUGUCGAAAGAAGAGUCGAUUGACUUUCUAUCUAUCGAGAUUGGCACAAAGGUUAACGAUUUUCUUCUCAGGCCAGAUGGGCCUGUUGAUCCUAGCCUCAGACUAUCUGAGAUGGGCCUCGAUUCACUUACUGCGAUUGAAUUGCGGCGAUGGUUUAGUCAAGUAUUUGGUUUGCAGGUCAGUGUGUUGGAGAUGAUUGGGGCGGCAUCGCUGAGGGAGGUUGCAAGGAUUGUAGCAACCAGAUUGGGGGAGAAACUGAGUCGGUAG